GCUCUCGCUCUUUCCUCCCUCCGCCCGAGCCGGGGAUGCCGGUCCCGGCUCAGCACCGUCCCCUGCGGCGGGCGAGCGCGGCGGCGGGGGGCUGAGGGUCCACCCCGCGGGCUCGGGGCCGCCAUGGUGCCCUGGGGAGCGGUGUUGUGGCGGCGGCUGCUGAGGAAGCGCUGGGUCCUCGGCCUCGUCCUCGGGCUCUCCCUCGUCUACUUCCUCAGCAGCACCUUCAAGCAGGAAGAAAGGACAGUGAGAGAUCGGAACCUCCUCCAAGUGCAAGAGCACGAGCAGCCGAUCGUGUGGAAGGUGAAGUUCAGUUCGGGAAACAGCAGUCAGCUGAGUAACCAGUGCAGGAAUUCUGUGCAGGGGAAGCUCCUCAUUACAGAUGAACUGGGCUACAUCUGUGAGAGGAAGGACCUACUGGUCAAUGGCUGUUGUAAUGUCAAUGUGCCCAAUACAAAGCUGUACAGCUGCGAGAGCUGCCUUCCCAACGGCUGCUGCAGCGUGUACGAGUGUUGCGUGUCCUGUUGCCUGCAGCCCAGUAAGCAACAUCUUCUGGAACGUUUCUUGAACCGGGCAGCAAUUGCUUUCCAAAACCUCUUCAUGGCAGUGGAAGAUCGCUUUGAGUUGUGUCUGGCGAAAUGUAGGACCUCAUCACAGAGCGUGCAGCAUGAAAACACCUAUAGAGAUCCAAUUGCAAAAUAUUGCUAUGGCGAAUAUCCCCCGGAGCUUCUGCCUGUUUGAAAGCUGCCUGAUGUAAGCAACAAAGAGAAGGAACUGGAGACUGGAAUCCAGAAGAGCAAGACAGCAGCUGGUGCUUUGAAGGAGCCUUGGUGUAAAUGGCUUACGUUGUUUCUGGGCAUGAACCCAGAGGUGCACGGUUUAAGCAGGGGACUUAAGUUCUUUAGGAUUGAAUCCUUCUUCAGUUUGUUAUGCUUUAGAGUACUAGUACUGUACUGGAGUACUAGUACAUUCUUUUAAUACUUCCCCUAAAUUUUAGGAUGGACAGAGUUGAUCUAGGCUAUAAAACAUCAUAGGAAAAAAAAAAUCUAUUGUAGCUUUGUACAUAGUGGUUCAAUUGUGUCUCUGCAGUCCAGACACUUUCCAGAGUAACAGUAAUAAUAGGAGGAUUUUUGCUUUUAGAGGGUAAAGCAUGCCUGUUGCGCUUCUCUCUCUGGAGCACUUCUUGCCAUGCACAGUAUAUGCUGUGUAUGUAAUUAUGAAUUAUUUAUUCAUUUUAUAUGGAUUCCUAGCUGCAAGUAUUGAUGCUUUGCAUGGCUAGUUGUUGAUACCUUUCAGUCCCUGUUUUGUUAUGUCAGGUAGAAAGGAUACUUUAGAUCCUGACUAAAAUUGGCUAGUUUUUUUCCUCCUUAGUCUGAAGGAAUUGUACGGGGAUUUGUCACUAUAGUGCUCAUGUUCCUCUUAGUGAGUUUAAAGCAUUCCGAACUCCAAUGGAGUUGUUAUUCUGUCAAAGUCACAUAGCAUGACAGAAGAGCAGGGAUCUGCCUAGGAUGGGAUGUUUAUUGCCUCUAAACACUUCCCUUGUUUCUCUGCAACAGUUUCCUCGAAGAGGAGUCUUCUAAACAGCUCUCUGCUAAUCUGCUUUCUGACAGGGAGCACUGAAGAUUUGUUUGAACUUGUUCAGGCUUUGGUAAUUCAAAUGUAGCGCAUUCCUGGUUGUGCAGGAGGCGAAAGGGUGGAGUUGUUCUAGGAUUUCAGUUUAGUGAUGUCCUUGUGCAUUAAGUAAUUAGAAUGUCAGAACAUGGUGCAAGCCCUUUCUUGAGGACAACUGUGUUGCGUGAGUUUAAACAGGUUGUGAUGGGUUUGAUUUGCUGUUUGACAUACUUCCUACUCUGAAAUUUCAGUGUGGUCAGAAUGGCAUUAGCAGAGGGUUAGUUCUCCUAACUCUCUAAAGAUCCAGUUUAAACUGCCUCACUCUUAAGGCCACUCAACACUGAAAAGAUGGUUAGAGAAACUGUCAAAUGCUGACUAAAUUUGUGCUCACCCUGCAAGUCACUGGGCAAAGUCCAAGCAGUAGACAAAACAGAGCUGUUCUUUUCUAUAUGCAGAGCCUCAUUUCUCUUGUUUUUAUCCCACUCAUCUCCUCCAUGAUUUUCACUUAGCUUGUUUAAACUGAUAGUUCCUAUUCCCUAAGCACGAUAAAACAAUCUACAGAAGCUUUAAAAAAAAAAAACAGCAAAAAACAAGCACAGUGGUAGAAUUCCCUGAUGCAAAAGAUCUGGAGAAUGCUAUUGCAAUUACAUAUCAUAUAAACAGGAACUAGUUACCAGCCAUCUGAUAAAAUCCACUUGCAUUGUUUUCAUUGUUCUUUCCCAGAAGUCAUCAAGUGCAAUAAUGGUUCUGUCAGCAGAUUCUCUUGAAAAAUCUUGUUUCUCCAAAAGCUUAAAAGCUUUGGCGUUAGCAGUUUAUCCAGCUGAAAAUAUGUCUCCCCUUUGCUGCCAUCCUAUGGCAACUUACUGCAGCAGACAUGAUACAGCGUGAAGAUGCAGUGUGACACGCUCCCUUCAGAGGGUAGCAGAGGUUACUUCUCUUUUCGGUGUCAAACAGAUUCUUCACUCCUGUUCCAGCACUUCAUAACUGUUUUUCUCGGGUAAGGCCAUCAGGUUGGUCUGUUGUAGCAUUCCUGCUGAGAUGUUUUCCAGCAUUUCACGUUGUUGCACUGUGACUGAUGAGAUCAAGACACUGAUGGCUUGCCCUUGCUUUCUUUUCCCACUUGGUGUUAAUUCCUCAGCAGGUGAUACCGCUGCUUGAAGCAGUAAUUGUAAGAAAUCAUAAGAACCAACCUGAUUCAGACAACAUUAGUGGGAAUUCCUGGCCCCUUUCUCUUCUAGAAAACCAGGAUGUGAUCAGAAGUGCAUUUUCUCCAUUGUCUGUUCAGUGGGACAGAAACUGCAUCUUCCCUCCCUGGCUGUUGAGCUGUUCAACUAGUGUUUGUACUGUAUGUUAAAUCAUUAAAAAAUUAUCUGUGUUCCAAA